AUGUCUAAAAAUAUAGAAGAUCACCAAGUGGAAGAUUCUAAGGAAAAGGAAGAGCAAAAGAAUGCUAUUUUGCUGCCCCAUUCAAAAGGAAAUAACAAUGGUAAACGACAUGCUAGUGAGACUAGUGUUCUUAUUCAACAUCUUGGUCGUGAUAUAUCAAUUCAGUGUCUCCUUCAAUUGUCAAGGUCAUAUUAUGGAUCAAUUGCUGCAUUAAACACGAGUUUUCGAUCACUAAUUCGAACUGGGGAACUUUAUCAACUUAGGAGAAAAAUGGGAAUAAUAGAACAUUGGGUUUACUUCUCUUGUGAAGUUCUUGAAUGGGAGGCAUUUGAUCCAAAUUAUGGUCUAUGGAUGCGGUUACCUAAACUGGUUUGCGAUGUCUGCUUUAUGUUAUCUGAUAAGGAGUCAUUGGCUAUUGGUACCGAGCUUUUAGUGUUUGGUAAGGAAUUAAUGGCUCCUAAAAUUUAUAAGUAUAGUCUACUAACAAAUACAUGGUCAAUUGGGAAAAUGUUGAAUACUCCCAGAUACUUGUUUGCUUCUGCCAGCCUUGGAGGUAUUGCCAUAUUAGCGGGUGGUUGUGAUCUACAUGGCAAUAUCUUAAGCUCUGCCGAGCUCUAUAACUCAGACAUUGGAAAAUGGAAAAACCUUCCAAACAUGAAUAAAGCGAGAAAAAUGUGUUCAGGCGUAUUUAUGAAUGGAAAAUUUUAUGUCGUUGGUGGGAUUGCAGCUGACAAAAUAACACAACUUACAUGCGGUGAGGAGUUUGAUAUGACGACAAAUGAAUGGCGUGAAAUACCCGACAUGUUGCCAAAACAAAAUAGCGUGUUUGGGAUACCUCCCUCUUCUAGUUCACCUCCUUUGAUUGCUGUUGUAAAAAAUGUAUUGUAUGUCGCUGAUUAUGCACAACAGGAAGUAAAGAAGUACGUUAAAGGAAAUAAUUCUUGGAUUACUAUUGGAGGAUUUCCCGAACACGCCUAUUCAAUGAAUGGUUGGGGACUAGCCUUUCUUGCAUGUGGAGAUCAGCUAGUAUUUCUUGGAGGUCCUAGUCUUCAUGGUGGAGGCGUAUUGGAAGUUAAUGCUUGGGUGCCCGACGACAACGGACCACGGUGGAACCGGCUCGCCACAAAGGAAUCAAGGAGUUUUGUUCGCAAUUGCACUGUGAUGGGAUGUUGA